AUGGGGAGAAAUGAGACAAUACCGUUUGGAACGAUGUCUAGGAUGUCAGACUUUUAUAUCGGACUUGUGCUAGCCGUUUCCUCGUCUUUUUUCAUUGGAAGCUCCUUUAUUGUGAAGAAGAAAGCGCUAAUAAAGCUUGCAAGUGGCGAUAUUUCUCAACGAGCAAGUGAAGGUGGUUACGGGUAUUUGCGCGAGUGGAUGUGGUGGAUGGGCGUCAUCACCAUGGGUGUGGGUGAGGCGUGCAACUUCGCGGCGUAUGCUUUCGCACCGGCCAGCCUCGUCACACCUCUUGGCGCACUGUCCGUUUUGGUGACUGCUGUGCUGUCGUCGCAUCUGUUGAAGGAAAGGCUGAAUCUUCUGGGAAAAAUUGGCUGUGCUGUGUGCUUACUUGGUUCAACAGUUAUCGUAAUUCAUUCGCCAAAAGAGGAAGAAGUGGCUUCUAUGGCAGACCUUGCUUUGAAGAUGAAAGAUGCAGUUUUUAUACUAUACGUCGUUAGUGUGAUACUGGUGACUCUAUUCAUUAUUAUCUACGUUGCUCCUCGUUACGGGCGAUCAAACAUCAUCGUUUAUAUAAGCGUGUGUUCUUUAAUCGGGUCACUAUCCGUUCUUUCCGUCAAGGGUCUUGGACUGGCGAUAAAGGAGACUAUAUCUGGAAAUCAGCAACUAACAAAUAUACUUACUUACUUUUGGUUGGGGUCUGUCAUCGCUUGCGUUUCUGUGCAAUUGGUAUAUCUGAAUAAAGCGCUCGAUAUGUUCAACACAUCCAUGGUGACUCCGAUAUACUACGUGUUUUUCACCUCGUUUGUUAUAUUAGCGUCGUCAAUAUUGUAUAAAGAGUGGUCUUGUCUUGGUGCUUCUGACAUCCUCGGAAAUGUUAUCGGAUUUUUAACGACAAUUAUUGGAAUAUUCCAGAUGCAGCUAUUCCGUGACGUGAAUAUCAGUUUGCGGCAAGUCCGAGUGUUGCUACAUCGACCAUCAGCAUCGUUGGCCAGUCUUGAUCCCUCAUCGAAUUCCGUGACAAAUCUCGUCGAUGAUUUCAAUUUUUCACAACAGAACGGUGCUAACAGACACGCCUACACGUGA